AUGACUAGCCAAGUAACACCGGCACAGCUGGCCGUAAGCCAACCUCGCAAGCCACGAACAUUCCAUGGUGACUCGUUCGAAGACGUGGAAGACUGGUGUGCCGAACGACCUGAAGCCCUGCGGGAACUCAACCGGUCAGUGAUCAGGGAAGAGGUCAACAAGUUGCAGACACCUCAGACUCCAACUGCACUAUCUAUCGUCGAAUUUGUCGGGGACGAACUGAGGCAGGUCCUACGGGAUCCAGAGCGUGAGCCACAGCCGCUGCGGCACACCUCGACGUACGCCGACGUACUCAGGCAACCCGCGGUACACAGUAGUGCAGCAGUUGCCACGACCGUUCCCUACCCGCCGACACCUAACGACAACGUCAACUGCUCUGCCAGGAACCUGCAGUGUCGACAGAUCAAUUACCGUCAACCCACGACUCCCGGAUGCCCAAAGGAAACAGAUCUAUGCCCUGAUAAAGGAUUUUUCUGGCAGCUUCUCUACUUCCUCGAAGCUCCAAUGGUCCGAGAGUUCAGCGGCGCAGGCUUUGCGCCACCUCCUUCGAGAGAUGGGGCCACGCUGCAUGACAAGGCCGGCAGCAUCCAGCGCAUCGCGUCUGUCGCCGCGGAAGCAAUACAAGCCUUCUUCGGACACGUCGUGUUUCAUGGAAGAAAUGAAGCGGUCAAUGACCACCCCACCACACUGAGCCGGUUGCACCAAGUGGUGAAAAAAGCCAGGACAACGCCUUUCCCGACUUUACAAAGGUCCUCCAAGUGCGACGAAAGUCGUCGCUCGUCACGCGCGACCGACGACACUGGAGGAGUCGGACAGAGCAGUCGACGCUCGUCACGUAGUGCCGCGGAUGACGAGCGCCGGUGUUCGGAGGACAGGCACCACCACCAUCACCAGCGCUCGCACCCCUCGCACAGGCGCGAGUCCUCGCUGGCGGGACCGGAAGCGUGCCGUCGGAAGGGCAGCUCGCUACUUCCUCCGGACGUGGACACUGGAAGUCGAAGGGCGUCCAAGGCACCGUCGCUCCUGGUCACCGACGAGGAGACCGGUCAGCAGCGCAAGCCGGACGACGAGCUCGACUCGCCCAAGCGCCGGAUUAUCAUAUUCGUGAUCAGUUCGGUGGCGUGCUUCAUUCUGUUCAUGAGUGUGGUGCUCAUCGCCGUCACCCUCACCAUCUCGCCGGCCAUCGACAGCAUAGGUAUCAGUGUACCUCAUAGAGUGGACAAGCUUGCCUUUCCAUUUCCACAUCCCUGUCCCGCGGGAAUGUAUUAUCUUCCACAAGAGAGUGAUGUUCGUGAUAACAUGCAAAUUUAUGGAACAAUGAUGCUCUAUGCAGCCAUCAUGGAAACUUGA